AUGGAGAUCGGAGAGAAGUCGAUUGAGUCGUCAUCGGCCAAGCAUGACACACUUUACAAGAAGGUGCUCCAGGCAAGGAGGGCAGUGGCGAUCGUCUAUCGGCGCUUGUGGCAUUCCAUGGGCAUCCGUCUCAUGCACUUGUGCGAGUAUCACUACGCUGACGUGGUGUUGACCCUCGCCUACGCCAGUGUCUACUUCCGGAGUGCGUUCAACAACAUAGGCCAGAAGAUGAGCGAUUACGAGGCUGCCCACGUGUGCGUCCUCCUGAUCUAUCUGGCACACUCCUUCCUGUUGGACGAGACCUGCCCCUUGAGGAGCUCACGGGAUAAAGCACCCGGAGACUCCAAUUUUUUUUUAGGGAGAGAACCUUAA